AAUCUUUGGAAAUUCUCCUUCUCUCGUACCCUCCCCCAGUUCCUUGCACUCGACCGUCUCUGUCCGAGCAAGGCCCAAGAACUGAUAGGAAGGCUUUCCUUCUCUCAUUUGCCUCUUCACACUCUUUUCCUAUCCUAAACAUCGACCAAUCAUGAACACGUUCUUUUUCGCGCUUUCCAUCGCGUUUGCCAUUCUUUCAACUUCAGUUUUCGCUUUACAUAAGCCUUACUAUCGCCGUGGCCAUCACGGCCCUGCUAGGCUGAAUACUCCUCGAACUGACAGUACGAACCCGCCCGGGAAGUGGGCUGCUGCCACCAACAGGGCGAAGGGCGUCGUGAGCACCCUGUCCACUGAGGAUAAGGUUGCCCUUGCCACUGGUAUUGGGUGGCAGGAAGGGCCAUGCGUUGGAAAUAUUGCUGCCAUUCCAUCUAUCAACUUCCCAGGCCUCUGCUUGCAAGACGGACCUGGUGGUGUUCGGUUUGCAGACCUGAUUAGCGUGUUUCCUGCAGGGAUCAAUGCUGCUGCGACGUUCAAUCGAAACCUCAUCCGUGACCGCGCUCUUGCUCUGGGCGCUGAAUUCAAGGCUAAAGGUGUAAAUGUUGCGCUUGCACCUGGAAUGAAUAUGGUCAGGUCUCCUCGAGCAGGGAGGAACUGGGAAAUGUUCGGAACGGAUCCGUAUCUUGCUGGGGAGGGCAGCUUCGAGACCGUUAUGGGUUUGCAAGCCAAUGGGCUUCAAGCUUGUGCUAAGCAUUUCAUCAACAACGAACAGGAGACCAAUCGUCAAUCAUCAUCUUCAAAUGUGGAUGAUCGCACUACACAUGAGAUCUACCUUCAUCCAUUCUUGAAAGCAGUCCAGGCUGGCGUUGUCUCGGUCAUGUGCUCGUAUAACCAAGUCGAUGAGACUUGGGCUUGCGAGAACGAUCAUAUUUUGAAUGGCCUGCUCAAGACUGAACUUGGGUUCCAAGGUUAUGUUACCACGGAUUGGUGGGUCAAUAUGGAAAAGUACAAAACUCUAGCCGCAAAUCAAGGUCUUGACAUGGUUAUGCCCGGUGCAUCUUUCUACAGCGGCAAUGUCUCUUAUUUCGGCCCCGCUCUCAUCGACGCCGUCAAUUCGGGACAAGUCCCCAGCUCCCGCCUGGACGACAUGGCCACCCGAAUUCUCGCAGCUUUCUAUGUACAAGGUCAAGAUCAGGCUUACCCAGCAGUGAAUUUUGAUAGUUGGAAUCCAGCGAAUGGGCAGCAUGUGGAUGUACGAGGAGACCACGGAAAUUUAAUAAGGAAAAUUGGAGCCGCUAGUACCGUUCUUCUCAAGAAUUCCCGUGGGGCUUUGCCGCUUGGGGAUGGAGUGAAGAGUUUAGCACUUGUGGGGAGCGAUGCUGGGCCUAAUCCUGAUGGACCUAAUAGUUGUGCGGAUCGCUCGUGCAAUAUCGGGAUUCUUGGUAUAGGAUGGGGCAGUGGUACAGCCAACUUUACGUAUCUCGUCGACCCUUUAUCUGCUAUUACUGCCAAAGCCAGAUCUAUCGGUGCCAAUGUUGCGUCCAGUUUAAGUGAUUAUGAUCUUGUUGCCGCGAGAAACGCAUCAAUGGGCAAGGAUGCUGCACUAGUGUUCAUAACGUCCGAUUCAGGAGAGGGCUACCUCACCGUUGAGGGGAACCCGGGGGAUAGGAAUAACCUGUAUGCUUGGCACGGUGGGGAUGCGCUUGUGAACACUGUUGCAGGGGUGAAUAAUAACACGAUCGUGGUUGUGCAUGCUGUUGGAGCCAUUAUCAUGGAGGCAUGGAUUGAUCAUCCUAACGUCACGGCGGUCAUUCAUGCGGGCCUUCAAGGUCAAGAAGCUGGGAACUCCCUCGUCGACAUCCUUUGGGGGGAUGUCAACCCAUCCGGCCGAUUGCCUUACACCAUCGCAAAGUCUCCAUCUGAUUAUAGUGCUGAUAUUGGCCCGAAUCAUGAUGUCGAUUACACCGAGGGGUUGUAUCUUGAUUACAGGUGGUUCGAUAAGCAAAAUAUCUCCCCGAGGUUUCCAUUUGGGUAUGGGCUCAGUUAUACGACGUUCGCUUAUUCUGGGCUAGCUAUUAAUAAGCUUGGAGGCGAUGAUGGUUACGAGGCUCCUACAGGUCCGGGUUCAUCUUUAUCUGGGUGGUUGCAUGACGAUUGGAUCGUAGUAACGUUCGCUGUAAACAAUAUUGGCCCCGUGGACGGGACAGAGAUCCCCCAACUUUAUCUGGCCCCGCCCGACUCGUCCAACUCGCCACCCAAACAACUCCGUGGGUUCGAUAGCGUCUUCAUUCCAAGAUAUGCCUCGAGUCCUGUGAGGAUGUGUUUGAGUCGAUACAGCUUUGCUGUGUGGAAUGCGGCAAAUCAGAGGUGGGAGAUCCCGAGGGGAACGUAUGGUGUUCGGAUUGGGGCCAGUAGCAGGGACGGGAAGCUUUCUGGAUCGAUCGAGAUUUAAGGUACUUGUAGGAGAAUAAUGUGGCGAGGUCCUUGAGCUAUGUUUCUUGAGUCAAAAUAACUUGGCGCGUGUUACGCUAAAUGCAACUUAUAAUUGUUCGCCAU